AUGAGUGCUGAAAAGGUGGAAGGUUCGUCAGCUCCACGAGACCCGUACGAGGUUCUUUCUGUAUCAAAGGACGCAAACGAUCAGGAAAUCAAACUCGCGUACACAAUCUUGUCUCACAAGUAUCAUCCGGACAAGAAUGCUAACAACAAUCUUGAAGCUUCUAAUCUUUUCAAUGAAGUUGAACUUUCCUAUCGCAUUUUGUCUGACCCUGAAAAGAGAAGACAAUAUGACAAUGGAGGGUUUGAGGCACUUGAUGGUGAUGAAAUGGACAUGGAAUUUGACUUGUCUAACCUUGGGACUGUAGAUACCAUGUUUGUAGCAUUGUUCAGACACCUAGGUGCGCCUGUCAAGACUACUGUAUCUGCCAAUGUUCUUGAAGAGGCUAUGAAUGGAACUGUUACAGUUAGGGGCCUUCCGAUUGGUACUUCAGUUAGUGGGAAGGUAGACAAGCAAUGCGCUCAUUUCUUUAGAGUUACAAUAAGUGAACAACAAGCUGAAUCAGGGGUUGUUGUUAGAGUAACUUCAACAGCACAAAGCAAAUUUAAGUUGCUUUAUUUUGAUCAAGAUUCAAGUGGCGGCUAUAGUUUGGCCUUACAGGAAGAGAGUGUGAGAACAUGCAAAGUAACAUCAGCUGGCAUGUAUUUCUUGCAUUUUCAAGUAUACCGCAUGGAAUCAACAGUCAAUGAGUUAGCUGCAGCCAAUGACCCUGAAUAUGCUUUCUUCAAGCAGUUGGAAGGUCUUCAACCUUGUGAGGUUUCGGAACUGAAAGCUGGCACACAUAUAUUUGCAGUUUAUGGUGAUAACUACUUUAGGUCUUCUUCCUACACAAUUGAAGCACUAUGUGCCAAGAGUUAUGAGGAUACAACAGAGAAGAUGAAGGAGAUUGAAGCUCAGAUUAUAAGAAAGAGAAACGAGUUGCGGCAGUUUGAGGCAGAGUACUACAAAGCUAUAGCGUGUUAUGAAGAAGUUACCAACAGAUAUACCCAGGAGAAGCAAAUUGUGGAUGAACUGCUAAAGCAAAGGGAUACAAUCCAUUCGUCCUUCUCUGUCGUGAAGACACAAAGUGGCAACAAAUUGAGCAAUGGAAGUAGCGGCAACGCUCAGGGAGAGGAAGGCGGACAAGAGAGUAAAGACAGGUCCACAAGAAAAUGGUUCAACUGGAACCUCAAUGGAUCUGAUCAUAAGAAACUUAUUUGA